CCCAACCCAGUAGGGUUAAGCCCAGUCCCUUCUCUCUUUUUUUUUCACUCUCUCUUUCUAUCUCUUCAUUUCUUCGCCAUAGCCUGAUAGCCCUAGUCGUCUUCUUCUUCAGUUCUUCAACGUCGGCAGUCGGUAGCACCAUAGCUAGCAGGACUCAACCUCACGGUCCUCACAACUCACCAGUCAACUCAGUAAGUCGGCCCUGAUUUCCGUCCAGCCUCCAGGUAAGGGGUGCAUUAUUAGAAGAAAAGAUAAAUCAAGCAGACAGUAACAAUGGUUGAAGUAUUGUGGUCCCUUCUCGGGGCAGCAAUUCCUGCAAUGGUUGCAGGUCAAGCUUUCAGGAUGAAGAGAAGGCGCGACGAAGAAGAAAGAAUGAAAACAGGACGCGGAAGAGAGAAGACCUCAGACGAUAUAUUUGUGUGUGAGCGUGUGUGUACUUCGAAUAGAAUGCUUAAGAAGGUUGGGGCUUUCUCAAAGGACCCAAAUCCAGAUACAUGUGUAACUGUUUGUGGUGUUUCUGAAAUUGAUGCCUGUUCUGACGCAUGUGCGCGCACGGUUUGUGUGAAUCAGCAUCAAGUCCCUAACUGGAAUGAUGUCUGCCUUAGGAGAUGUCAAAGUGAAUGUCUCAAACUCUCUCUCACUCGUUCAUCUUAGAACGAUAUGCAACAUUGCUUAUGUAUGAUCGGGAUUUUUUUGUAGGCAGGGAGGAAUGAAUGAUGUUAUCUAUUGAAAUGUAAAGGGUUGUCUUUUUUAUAAAGCUCAACCCUUUUGAUGUUUUCUUUCUUUCUGUUUGAUGUGCAUUUUUAUGUAACUUUGUUACUAAUAAUAAUUUUACUGUA